AUGCAUUUAAUGUACUAUCUCGACGAGGACGGUAAACGUGUUUAUACAUUAAAGAAACAGAGUCCAAAACAGGCGGCUACCAAGUCAGCACAUCCUGCUCGAUUUUCGCCUGAUGACAAAUACUCCCGACACCGUAUUACUUUGAAGAAACGAUUUGGACUGUUAUUAACACAAAAGCCGGCGGGUUGA